AUGUCGCGAUUCCCUCUCUCCGAUCAGAAACUUCGAAGGCAAAAUUUGUGCGAAAAACUGGAUAGGUUUAUUCCCAACCGAUCUGCAAUGGAUUUUGAUUUUGCACAUUACAUGCUCAACGGUGGGAUGUCUCCAGAAAGGAUUCUUAUUGUUUCUGAGCUCCUAGAUGAGUUUUAUUUGAAUUUACUGGAUUGGAGUAGUAGUAACAUUGUCGCUAUCGCUCUUGGGAAUUCAGUAUAUUUGUGGAAUGCUGCUAAUGGUGCUACUUCUGCACUUGUUGUGAUUGAUGAGGAAAUUGGGCAUGUGACAAGUGUCAGAUGGGCGCCGGAUGGAGUACAUCUUGCUGUUGGUUUAAGUAAUUCCCACAUCCAGCUGUUGGACCCUUCAUCUUGUCGGAUGAUUAUUCUGAGGACUUUGCAAGACGGGCAUAGUUCAAGGGUUGGUUCUCUUGAUUGGAACAAUCACACACUGUAUUAG